AUGUCUGUCUUCGCUUAUGAUUAUGAGAAGUUGCAAGUCAUGAAAGCCAAAACCAUGUACGUCAUGGUCGAGGACCUGGACUUGGGCCAGGGGCCGAUGAAGUUGCUGUUCCUGACAAAUUCGCAAGCGGAUUCCAUCAGCAGCAGUUCACAGACCUUGCAGAAGAUGUUGCAAGCCCUCGAGAUUCCUACGCCCAAACUGGUGAUCAACUUGCUGAACUCUUGGGGAUUGCGUGCGUCAUUGAACCUUUUCCCAGCAUCUAAAUACAACCUUCGCAUGAACCCCGGCAUCUUCUACGACUCACCCCCGUUCCUGAGGCCGAAUGACGAGCUGGAGUCCAUGGAGAAGUUUGACAUGUUCAUGUCGGAUGUAAUUCUGCCUCUGGCAGCCUCCACAAAUGCCGUUAUUCUGGCCAAUGCAAUACCCGGAGAUUGUGCACUGGCUGGAGCACUUGCGCGCUCCUACAGAUUGCACCGCGCUACAUGGGGAAGUCCACCGCCUUUCACGAUUCUGUCGCUAGCAGGAAGCACUCCACGCCUUUAUCUCAAUCCAGAUCAGGGUGCGUAUUGGAGGUCGCUUUGCCGGAAGUCAAAGUCAUGGACUGCCAGGGAUCCGUUCAUCCUGGAGACAAUCCAGACCCAUGGUUACUUUAGGUCGAAACUGGGCCAAUGUGAUUGCACGCAUGACAUAGAUCCCGACACUCGAUACCUGUUUCUGGUGGAUUCCGUGAAGACGAACGGCGAAGGGUUCACUACAAAUCCAUCGCAGUCCCUGCGCACAGAGCUUGUUCGGUUCUUGGCAAGCACCUUGCCCUCUUUUGUCAUGAAGACCGGGCAUGCGGAGAAGUUCGCCAACGAUGAGAAGACUUUCCAGGCUUGCUUGGACCAGGCCAAUGCUGGCGUGGAAGUGCUGCUUCUGGACCUCCGGAAGCGGCCCGAAAUAGGAUUAACUUCUGAAGCCAGCUUGUCGAGAGCGCAAUACAUCGAGGCAGCUUGGCGGAGUUUUGAGAACAUCUGCGACGAGCUGCGAACUCACAACCUCUGUGACUCCCUGGAUGCAUGUAGUGUGGCUUACGCUCACCAGUUCCUCUUUGGAAGUAUGGAGGAAGGUGGCCCAAGAUCACGGAUGAAGCGGAAGGAGCGAGCCAUUCCUCUACAUGAAGCCAUUCGCUUGGCAAGGGAGGACAGGUUCAACCAUCGCGUCAGCCCCGAAACAGACACAGGAGCACAGUUGGCAUCAGAUGCGCAAGUCAUGGAUAUCGCCCAACAGCUUGCCAGGCGCACCUACCAGGACUGUUUCGAUUUGCUGCCACAGUUAGAACAAACCGAUGCCAAUCGUGACUAUUACUUUCACAAGAAGGCCGGGCAGCUGACCUCGUGUAUCAGAGCCUUGCUGUUGAAUCCGAAGCUUCGAUCCGUGAAUAUCCAUAAUCUCGACGAUGCACGCCGCACUGUGAAUCAGAUGGUCCAGUCUGACAGCUUGCCCAAGAAGAACUCGCUGGAAGGGCUGCUGCUGUUGCAGCAGGCCUGGGACGAAGUUGACAUUGCAAAUCACCUCGCGUGGCAGUACAAGGUGUUUUGCAAGUUCCUGUAUCUGACACAGCUGCUGUUGGCUUGGCUGGUGAUUCUAGCAUCGCAAGUUGACAAAGCCUGGCUAGACAUCAGCUUUUCAGAUACGGUUUUCAUCCUGGCCAUUCUUGGUGGUGCGGCGGUGUCUAUUGAAGGGAUCUUCACACCUAAACCGAAGUGGCAAGCACUGCGUUGCGGAAACCUAAGUUUGGUAUCCAUCAUUUGGCGUUACCGAACGCGGGUUGGCCAGUUUCGGCUAGCUCCGGGUGUAGAUCCCCGCCAGCCAGAACUGGCUUUGUGCAAGUUGCUGAACGACUGGGCUGAAGACUUGAUGUCGUCAGCAGAUCUCAAGCGCAGCGUGUGGAGCAAGAACUUUCCUGCUUAUGUUUACCGGCACCAGCAGUGCUCUGGCAGUCUUGGUUCUUCUCAGGGCAGCAGCGCAUUGCAUGAGAGAGUUGCUGUGGAUGACCAUUUCUCACCGGUUCAGCCGGAUUUGUACAUUCAGUUUCGUAUGCUGGAGAGGAAAAGCUGGUACCAACAGAGGAUUCCCACGUACUCCAACCACGUCUUCGCCUUCAAGCUGCUAAUCCUUGUGUGUACCGUUGCUUGCUCCGUCCUGGCGCGGUUUGAGCAGCCCGUUGCAUUGGUCGUUGUUACAGCGUCAGCAUCCGCUGCCACCACCUGGGCAGAGUUUGUUGGUGCCGGGAGCAAGGUGGAACGAUACACGCGUGCAGUGCGUUCCAUCACCUGUCUGCUGAAUUGGUGGAAGAACCUGAGUGAGGUGGAGAAGGCCUCCACCGAGAACAUCUCACGCCUGGUUCUUGAAACUGAACAGAUUGUGGGGGAUGAGAAACUCGGUGGAGCUUUGGGAAACUUGUUGACUUCCCGUAUGAACCUAGAUAUAAACCCUAAACCCUAA